UGACACGUGAUUUGCUUUGGGGUGAGAGGUCAGGCAGCCAUCUUGAGCUGGGCCCGGUGGCCCUGUAAACCGAUAUGGCGUCAUUUACCGAGCCGGCCCUGGAGAAGAAAUUAUCAGAGCUAAGCAAUUCUCAACAAAGCGUCCAGACCCUGUCACUCUGGCUUAUCCAUCACCGGAAACAUGCAGCAGUGAUCGUUAGUGUCUGGCACCGAGAGCUCAGGAGAGCCAAGUCAAGCCGGAAACUAACCUUCCUGUACCUAGCCAAUGAUGUUAUCCAGAACAGCAAGCGCAAGGGACCUGAAUUCACCAGAGAGUUUGAAUCAGUGCUGUUGGAUGCUUUCACACACGUGUCGAGUGAAGCAGAUGAUGGAUGCAGGAAGCCAUUGGAGAGGUUGCUGCACAUCUGGCAGGAACGCAGCGUCUACAGUUCAGAGUUUAUUCAGCAGAUCAGAAUGGCAAUUGAUAAUGAGGACAGUCCAAGGGAGCCCCAAGUGACUGAGGAGAAAACAUUGAAACGCAGUUUCCAGCAAAUUCAAGAGGAAGAUGAUGAUUAUCCAGGUAGUUACUCUCCACGUGACCCCUCUACAGGACCGCUACUGGCCGAGGAUCUCAUUAAGGCUCUGCAGGAUCUGGAGAAUGCCGCAUCCGGCGAUGCAGCUGUGAGGCAGAAAAUUGCAUCUCUCCCACAAGAAGUGCAGGAUGUAUCAUUGUUAGAAAAGAUUACUGAUAAGGAAGCUGCAGAGCGGCUUUCCAAGACAGUAGAUGAAGCAUGUCUGCUGUUGGCAGAGUACAAUGGGCGAUUGGCAGCAGAGCUAGAUGAUAGGAGGCAGCUGGCGAGGAUGCUGAUGGAUUAUACACAAACCCAGAAGGAGGCGCUAACCAAUAAAGAGAAGAGACUUGAGGAAUACAAGCAAAAGCUUGCACGGGUAACACAAGUACGGAAAGAACUGAAAUCGCACAUACAGAGUCUUCCUGACCUCUCCCUGCUUCCCAAUGUCACAGGGGGUCUGGCACCCCUUCCUUCAGCUGGUGAUCUAUUCUCCACUGAUUAGGACCAAUAUGGUUUCCGAAUGGCCCACUACCCUCUCUCUAGUACCUCCAGUAGACACCAGCAUUACAGUGGGAGUGGAGCGCGGAGACUGAAACUUUAUCGCUAUAUGAAAUGAGUGAUCCCAGCGCACCCACCAUGUUAACAGUAUAGCAGCAGUUGUUGCUUGCCUCCUCCAUGUCAUGUCUGGUGCUCAUGGACUAUGCAUUGAGUGCUGAGUGAUCAAGGACUUACUGGGUGCCUGAAAUUCAUUAUUUUUUUUUAUUAUUAUUUUUUUUUUAAAUGAUAGACUUGUCUGUGGAGAGUGCACACACAUGAGGCUUCUGUAUCAGCUUUGUUUCCCAGCAGCUUUGAAUAUAACUCUUCCCUGUUCCUUGUGAGAUGGGUGAACAUUAUUUUGCUUUAAAAGGCAGUGUUGCUGAUACUGUGAAGUGCAUUUGCUGGAUAGGAGUGAUAAUACAGAGUGUAAUUUCAGGACAAAUGUGUGGUUUGGUCAUUAACAAAACAAACAAUAUCUUCUCCUUUUGUUCAGGGGAUCGAAGCUUCAUUUUACAGUAACAUAUUGAAAAGGUUCCAUGACAACUCAAUGUAUUUUUGCAUUAAAAUGAUAUUAAUAACAUUGUAAAUAACCACAUUACUUCUUGCAUCUCACAUUUAAAAGAAAAUCCCUUUUUCUAGAAGCUUUUAAUCACUGUUCGUCUGUUAAAGAAACACUUUUUCCUUGAAUUAGAUGUACUCAUUUACCCACCG